AUGCGCCUCAUUAACGCCCUCGGGCUGAGCCUCCUCUCUCUCGCCAGCGGCUCAUCCGCAGACUCCAAGGGCUGCGACGCGCUGAAGAGCUGCCUCGGCGACUCGGUCUUCUUCCCCUCCGACAAGGUCUACAGCCAUGAGUCGCAAAACUUCUGGUCCAACACGGAGAUCCUGUCCCCGGCGUGCGUGUUUCGUCCAGACUCGGCGCAGCAGCUCGGCGAGGGCAUUAAGCUGUUGACGGAGAGGCAGGCGAACUUUGCUGUGCGCGGUGGUGGCCAUAUGGGCAUCAAGGGUGCGAACAAUAUCGACGAUGGCGUGCUGAUUGUCAUGUCGGCGCUGAAUACGCUGGAGUUGUCGGAGGACGAGUCCAUCCUGCAUCUUGGGCCGUCGUACCGGUGGAGCGAUGUAUACUCGUUCCUGGAACCGCACGGACUUGGUGUCGCUGGUGGUCGUCUCGGUCCUGUCGGUGUGCCUGGCCUGCUCCUUGCUGGUGGCGUCAACUUCUACGGUAACCAGGUUGGCUGGGGAUGCGACACCGUCGUCAGCUAUGAGGUUGUCCUGGCCGAUGGGUCCGUCGUCGAGGUCGACAAGGACAGCUAUCCUGAUCUGUUCUGGGCGCUGAAGGGCGGCAGCAGCAACUUUGGCUUGGUGACUCGGUUCAGCCUGCAGACCGUCAAGUCGCCGCUGGUGUGGGCUGGUUCGUACACGGUUUCCGAGGAGUACAUUGACCAGUUCUUGAAGGCUGUGGCCACGUUCUCUGCGGACAUCUCCGAUCCCAAGACGCAUAUUGUGCCUGCUCUCGCUCCCUCGCCUGGCUCAGCAACUCUGGCCUCUGUCAUCCUCUUCCACGACAGCGACAGCGUUGCGUUCCCCGAGGCCUUCAAGCCCUUCACCGACAUCCCCGUCUACGCCAGCACGCUGGGCUUCAAGACCCUGGCCCAGUUCGCCGACGAGCUCGGCCAGAUGGUCAUCGACGGCAUCAAUGACGUCUUCGUCGCCGGCACGGUCACCGGCACAACCUUCGACGAGCUGCACCGCGGCGUCAGCAUCAUCAACAGCACCUUCUUCGACCGCCUUCCAGCCCUAUACGACCAGGUCCCCGCCGACAACAUCAAGGCCAUCCAGCUCGACUGGCAGCCCAUCGGCAAGCUGUGGCUGGACGCCUCCGCCAAGGCCGGCGGCAACGCGCUGGGCCUGGACCCGGCCAAGGUGUAUCUCGCGUACGCUGAGGUUGUCGAGUGGACAGGUGCCGAGUACGACGAGGUUGUCAUGCAGUGGGUCGAGGAAACCACGUAUGCGAUUAACAAUGCGACCCUGAAGGAGGGCCUGUAUGACCCGUUCAACUACAUGGGCGAUGCGGCGGGCUUCCAGGCCAUCUUCCCUGGUUAUGGCGCUGCGAAUCACCAGCGUCUGGUCGAUGUUGCGCAGAAGUAUGACCCGAAUGCGGUCUUUCAGAACCUGAUGCCUGGCGGGUUUAAAGUGUAUUCGCCAUAA